UUUUGCGCCCUCAGUGUCCAGUUUUUUCAAAGCGUUGCAUCUCAGGCAAACGAUCGAGUCCUUCCUCGCCGCGGGGGGGCGCUGUUCAGCCCCAACGCCUCCUGAACGAUGACCGAGGACGAGACCAUUCACAAAAGCGAGCGCUUCUCCGAUGGACUUUUAGCUCGCAAUGGACCCGUUUGACGGCUCCGACGCUCCGGAGGGGCCCUCGGAGGCAGCGGCGACGAACGCGGCGGUGCCGGUGCCGUGGUCGCGUUUCUCCGCCUGGCUCGAAUGCGUGUGCGUCGUUACCUUCGACCUCGAGCUCGGACAAGCCAUAGAGCUCGUUUACCCUCACGAUGUCAAACUCACGGAGAAAGAGAAAACAAGCAUCUGCUACUUAUCGUUUCCUGACUCGUACUCAGGAUGCCUCGGGGACACUCAGUUCAGCUUCAGGCUGCGGCAGGCGGUGGGCCGAGGCAGCUCUCGGUUUGGGCAGGAGGACGCGUACGACAAGAAUGCGCCCGUGACCCUGCAGAAGGAGCACGCGCAUUUCCACGGGUAUGUGUAUUUCAGGCAAGUCAAAGACGCGUCCGUGAAAAGGGGAUACUUUCAGAAGUCUCUGGUGGUGGUGUCCAGACUACCCUUUGUGAACCUCUUCCAUUCGCUGCUGAAGGUCAUUGCUCCAGAGUACUUUGAAAAGCAAGAGCCUUGUCUUGAGACAGUCUGUAAUGAGAUUGACCAGUGGCCAGCACCAGUACCAGGACAGACUCUCAACCUACCUGUGAUGGGUGUGGUGAUGCAGGUCAGAAUUCCCUCAAAAGUCGAAACAGCAGCUGGAAGCCCUGCCAAACAACCGCAAACAGAGAAUCUGCUCCCUGCCCCUACGGUUCUUCCGUCGGUUUACGAGCUGGAUCUGUUCAAAUGUUUCCAGUCAGUCCUCAUUCACGUGCAGAUGCUCUGGGAGCUCAUGUUGCUAGGAGAGCCUGUGGUUGUUAUGGCACCCUCUCCAACCGUCUCCUCGGAGACCGUGCUGGCCCUGGUCAGCACUGUGGCCCCACUGCACUACUGUGGUGAUUACAGACCAUACUUCACCAUCCAUGACAGCGAAUUCAAGGAGUACACGACCAGAACUCAGGCUCCGCCUAAUGUGAUACUUGGUGUCACAAACCCUUUCUUUAUAAAGACCUUUCAGUGCUGGCCACAUAUUAUUCGCCUCGGAGACCUGAAGAUGUCUGGUGAUUUACCAAAGCAAGUGAAAGUCAAGAAACUGGCCAAGUUAAAAACGCUGGAUACUAAAACAGGUAUAUAUACAGCAUACAAGACCUUUCUACACAAAGAUAAAGCCCUCAUCAAGCGACUCUUAAAGGGUAUCCAGAAAAAAAGGCCAUCAGAGGCACAGAGUGCCAUUUUGAGGCGGCAUCUGUUGGAGCAAACGCAGAGUUUCAUUCUUCCGCUGGACCGGUAUCUGGAAAGCCUCAUGCCGCCACAGAGAUCUGUGUCUCCCUGGAAGACCCCUCCUCAGAUCCGGUCUUUCAGUCAGGAUGAGUUCAUGAAGACCCUGGAUCAAGCAGGGCCACAACUAACUCUGAAAGGAGAUUGGACAGGCCUUUACAGGCGUUUCUUCCGUUCGCCAAACUUUGAUGGCUGGUAUCGGCUCAGGCACAGAGAGAUGACUCAGAAAGUGGACUGUCUUCAUUUAGAAGCCAUCUGUGCGGCCGAUCUGCUGACAUGGACCAAAGACAAAUCCGAGGUAGAGAUUGUUGACCUCAUCCUGAAACUUCGAGAGAAACUGACCAGAGCUCGAAAACACCAGCUUCCAGUGAAAGAAGAACUCCUGGAGAGAUUAGAGCAGUCCAUCCAGACCAUCAUCAGCUCCUUGCCAGAGGAUCUACAGACAUUGUUACACAGACAAUGACAAUCAGACCCACGUGAACAACACUGACCAGCAGAUCCACUGAUACACACACACAGAGAGACUGUCUGUCCAGGAUAUACCAGCUAUAUUUGAACCCAUAACACCUGCACAGGUAUCAGCCCACAUCUCUUCUUCUGGUAAAUACGCUACCUGAGAGGCCUUUCAUUUUGGAUGUACGGUACCGGUGAAAAACGACAGAUACUGCUGCUAUACAGGGUCCUAGAUGACACACGAAGAACACCGAAAACAUUGAUACUUUGAUUAAACUCGUUUGAAGUCCUCAGCUCGACUUCACGCUAGAUUUUAGAUGUCUGCUACGUUACAUUUUAACAUGCACCAAGUAUUUCGAGCCUGCAGUCAAUUAGCACUGCAUGAACAAGGCGUUUAUUUUAUAAACCAACGUUUAGUCAAAUAUAUUAAUAAAAGUGGCUUUUAAUUAGCAGAUGCAGUGAAUUUUUUUUUUUAACACGGAUGACUUAGUUUCGUUCAGUUUAAGAUGCUUUUAUCAUUAUUUAUUGAGUAUCAAUGCUUUUAUUUCAGCGAUGUUGCUCGUCAUUAUUUAGGGACAUUAAGAAGAACAUUAUUAAAUGCAUAGCAGCGCUAUUGGUAUUAUUUAUUUAGGCCUUACCUGACCUUUAACCUUUGCAUGGGAGCACUUCUACUACAUUGAUUCACCUGUUUUUAUGAUUAUGUUAGAAACUGAUUGUCUAGUCUUUCUUUUUUUUUAGGUUGCCAAACUUAGAAUUGAUCUUAUUCUGAACUGGAUUAACAGACUCUGGGUUAACAAACUCCGGAUUUGUUGAGUGCAAUGUCAGUAAUACGCAAUACAAUCACAUAUAAGCUACUCAAGUCUGUAUAUAUAUUGUGUUUGCAAGUAAUAUAUACCUUUUUUGAUCCAGCCUGAACCUCACUUGAUAAGGAAAGAUUGUUCUUUUGAUUUGUGCCAUUUACGGUUUUAAACGUCGCACUGCACUUUGCACAUUUUGACUUUUUCCAUUUGAUUUUGUGUUGGUGCUUUUUCUGCUUUCGUUUACGGUCGUUCCAUUGUAAAGUUUGCCGCUUCUGCAGUAUUUUAAAAUUGUUUUUUUUGAAAGAGCCAUAUUAUGUUUUUAUGGUUGGGACUGUAUUAUUAAAAUACGUUUUAACAAAACAGCAGUAAGACUUGAGCUCAUCUGCCCGUUGAGUUUAUCAGUGGAGACAAACAGUUGGGAAACUCCAAGACCACUAUUGAAUUUAAAUAGCAUAAUAAUUUUAUUUCUUUCUUUCAGUAUGCCAGAAAUCAUGUUAAAUUAAAUGGCAGGAAUCUUAAAGUAGUAACCUGUCUCGAUGCAGAGCACCUAACCUCACACUGCAGACUUUUUAACUGUAGUUUUUAUAAUACUGGUGAUCUGAUGAUUUUUUUUUUUAAUUACUAUUAUUAUUGCCCUAUAAUAUUCCAACCAGUAUCAUGUAGUGGAGUAAUGGAUUUUACAAAUGAUAAACUGAACAUUAAACAUGUUUAAAUAUACUGGAAUACACCAACAUAAAAAAUAAAAUGCUGAAGAGAGCAAAAGAGUUUUAUUGUUUUGGUCAAGAAUACUCAUUUACUAAGAAGACAACCGUGAAAAUGAUCUGUAAUUAUGUGUUCUCAAAAAAGCAUUAUGUGUAUUCAGCGUAUAUAUAAAGUAAUAAACAGUGUAGCCAACAAAUACCAGGGGAAAUUAGAGCCAACCAAAAUCUCUAAAAGAAAAAAAAUGAAGUCGCUCACAUCCUUCUUAAGUUAAAUUCAAACUGCUAUAUGUUUACAAACCCAAAGCAACUGACGAUUUUUCAUUUAUUUUUUAAUUGAUGAUAUAUUCCCGUUAAAAACCCUGGAAUUAGUUUGUGUUUAAUAUAUAUACAUGGAUUUCAUCAUGACAAUAGAUGAAAAGUGCUGCUGUCUGAAGGCAUUACUUGCUAGAGUCCCUUUUAAAAGCCUGUCAGAGCCUUUUAAGGGAAUUUUCUUUGGUAUACCCAUUCUGUUACCUUUCAGUUGAACUAAAUAGUGUUACAUCACAUCUCCAGUCACUAUAUAAAACCGAUAUCAACAUCUUGUUACAGACUGAAAACACAGUGUCAGGAUCUAAUAUUAUGUUGCACACACAGGAGGGAUGUUUUGGGAUGUUUGGUCAACUCUUAAAUGAUCCAACACUGAAUUCAAACCAUUCAUAAACUGCUUAGUAUCUCGUCAUGCAAUAGCUGGUGCAUAU